AUGCCUGAGGCUGGGGUCCACCAUCGAGUUGCCUGCCAGGUCUAUGUGGUGUCUCCCUACUAUGACCCUCAGUUGCUCCAGCUCUAUUGGACGGUCCCGUGUGAGGCAAGAGACGCUGAGCGUUACGUUUCCAGGCACCUGCGGCAUACCCACUUUCCGCAUGCAUCCAUGUUUGUGGCCUGCCAACCUCAGCCUAGCCGAGAGUUUGCGACCUUCCUUGCUAUUCCUGAGUGGACGACUUUCGCAGGAUUGAGUGGGGUUGUGUUGGACCUACGUGCUGCUACGAUAGGUCAAGAAGGCCCCAUCAUUGGGUCCUUCUUGUCACGGCCCACCACUGCUGCUGAGAUUCGGCGGGAGGCCGGCCUAUACUCAAUGGGUCGCUGCCAUAUUAUGGUCGGCACCAGCAAUGACCCACUUCGGGAUGACGAGCAGGUGUACCUAGAUAAUGGGUCCCUAGUCCGGUUGAUAAGGGUUGAGUACGAGGUUGCCGACCUACCUUCCCUCGACCACAUCCUGUCCUCCGAGACAAUGGAUUGCUUUCAGGGGCCUCUCCCGGCGAUGCCGACUUCACGUGUGCUGCAGUUGUUGCACAGCGCCGGCCGGUACUUCUUUAGUGGGCAACGGGCCGCCGGCCAGCCGCUGCAUACAGCCAUUGUCGAGUUCGUGGGCGUUCCAGCUGGGUCUGUUACCUUCCACUCCCCAGGCGAAGGGUGCUGUGAGCGCCUGUGUUUCCGCGGGAUGCGAGUUCGAGACACUCUUGUCCUUGCGGAUCGCUCGCCCGACGGUGCUGCCCCGCUGGUUGUCUUCCUUGAUUUGCGUCCGGUUGGAGGUGUGAUCCAGUUCUUCAGUCUACAGCAUCCGCGGAUAGACUAUGCGGAUCUGGAAGCUAUUCUUCCGCGACCUGCUCCGGCCGGUUGGCAGCUCACCGUGGAAGGUGGCAGGCGUUGCCGGGGCUACUUAGAAAUCUGGCACCGAUGCACCCUCCUGUUCUGUUUUGCCGGAGUUCUGGAACCCUUGGGGGAGGAGGCACCGCCUUCAGACCCCUCCGAACAAUCCGACGGGCCGGGUCCCGAGGAAGACGGGGAGGAAGAGGAUCAGACAGAUGAUCACUCCCAGAGCAGUACCCGUUCACGCAGCCGUCCUCGACAUGCUCGAACGGACGCGCCAGGUUCGCCCUCCUCGGAUCCCUCUUUUCAAGGAUCCUUCCAGCCCGCCGCUGGUCAUGGUCCAGCGGCUUCUCCGCUCCUGUUGUCCCUCCCAAUGGGCUCCUUUCUUGGCCAGGUCAGGCUCCUUCCAGCACCAGGCCAUGCUGAGCGCUUGCAGGCUCUUGGCAGGGCAAUGCAUCAGAGCAAACUCCCUCUCUCGAGCUGGGUGAGGAGGGGUGUUUUUCGGGAGUCUCUUGAAUUCCAGGGUGCCUCUGCUUUGACUCUCCUGGACGUGGUUCCGAGUGCCCCAUGGCUCGGGCCUGUUGACCUUCGAGCUCACUUGCUACUGCCGCCAUUGGAGGAACUGUCGCUUUUGUACUCAACGGUCGCCACCUUGCAGACAGGUUGUAGCGCACCCGGGGAUAGGGUUCCCAAGCUGUUUUCCUAUGCAGGUUCGGUUGCAUGCCGCCUUCCGGACUUGCCUGCCAUUGGUGGAGAUUCGACUGCCGCCCCGUCGGGUCCUGCAUGGAUGGCGACAUCGCCUUUCAUUGGGGAACGCAAUCCUCCACAGCACCAUUUGCCCGCCUUUGAGCGGCCGGCCCCUGCCGCCGGAGAAGUCCUGAACGGUGAGCCGUUUCGCGCUACUGCUUUGAUUUUUGUUCCGGAGUACCCACCAGAAGUGGUCACCAUUACGGUUGAGCCUGGCUUUGACAUCACACAGGCGGUUGCGAGAUUUCAGCUUGCGCGUCAAGACCUUCCGAUGGAGCGGUUUGACCGCCUACUUGCUGCAAGCCCUCAGCCUGUCACCCAGUACGCUUCUUUGGUUGCUUUUGCGGACUGGCAUGGGGGUCUCGUGGCCUUGUUUGAUUGUCUCCGGUACAACGGGACCCAGUAUGCGGCUCUGGUAUCCCCCGCCAUGACCAGGGAUGCCCUACUUGCGGUUGCCGGUAUCCGGCCAGAGCAGGAAGUCGAGGUGUAUGUUGCCGACUACCCGUUGCCUCUCGGUUCGGAUGAUGUCAUUGAGAUGCACGCCGGCUACACCGUCAGCUUCGUUUCGCAGGGACACCCUCCCUUUGCGGUUGCAUACCUUGCUGACAUGCUUCUGUCCCCUGCCGGGUGGGCAGCUGAGGUUGACCUGCCCGUCCAGGAGCAGCGAUGGUUCUAUGUUGUCAGUGACGACGCACCUCUCUUUCAUCCCGUCAUGUCAGAGCGACGCCAUCUGCUUCGGGCCGAUUUGGCCGAUCGCUUGCAUUACGACCUGGCUGCCCUGCAAAUCAUCCCGACCGUUCCCCGCAUGCGAGAUUUUUCUGACUAUGGGGCCCCCGUGCAACAUGUGCUCAUUGCGACGCAGUUUCCCUUAACUGAUCCCGUCACUAGAGCUCCUCGUGGGGUGUUGCUGCUGGACCUACGACCAUUACAUGCUGGGCUUACCUGGGAGUUUUGCACGGGGUUCUCCAUUAGGGCGCAGACCUUGGUGGACCGGUUCUCCCGCCCUUGUCCAGCCAGCCACUAUGUCUCCAUCAGUGGAGCACGGCCUCGACAUGAGGAUGAUGGCUUGUACUUUGAUUUCGAACAGGGUCAGGUCUUGACAGUUGACUAUCGUGUCCUUCCGGACAGUAGUGUCACUGGGUCGGAUGAAUCCAAUGAUGAUGACCGGGACUCGUCGGCCCCUGACGACCCCUCGAUGCUGGACAGGGACAGCCUUGAUCCUGGCUCCGAUGAUGGCUCCGAUGUUGCAGCGACCUCCAUGGGAGAGGAGCCGCCCUUUGCCCGAUCCUUGGAUGGCCCCUUGCUGCUCUCCUUUUGGGAGCCCGGUGUGCACAAGGGCCGCACUGUCGCACCCGUGAUGGAGCUGUUGGCCCUGCGACUCACAGCCGCUGGACAGGAAGCCUCACAGUGUUCUGCCUGUCCGGCAUUUGCUGUUGCAGCGGUUACCCUGGAGGUCCUGUUUUCGGCCUUCCCGCCGGGGUCACUUGUCUUGCCGCCAAAACAGAUUUCCUUGGAGACGUCGAUACCUGUGUCAGCCUUCCAACAGCUUGCCUUGGAACUUCAGACUCUCGUUCCGGUGCCGGGCGACGUCGAGGAUCCGGCCGCCCUUGUGGAUUGGUUGGAUGGAGAUCUGCGUGCCGUGCAGCAGGACGGACAAGUCCCUGCAGCCAAGCGUACUCUUUUUCGGGGCAUUCCCAAAUGGCAUGACUGCUCUAACGGACUGGUCCCGUCACGGAUCAUUGUCUACACAGAUGGCUCCACCACCCCGGUACAGACUUCUGCCGACAUCCUUCCGGGCGCCUGGGCAGUGUCAGUAUGGGUUGAGGCCUUGCCUGGCCCCCAGGAGUACCUGUUAGGCUGUGCCGCUGAUGUCCUUGUCCCUCCGGACCACCCGCAUUUUGUUGGCGCUGCUCUGGAUAUCCCUUUGACCUGUGAACAGGCUGCCAUUGCCUGGGGACUGUGCUGGGUGAUCCAGUUCGGGCAGCCUCUUCCGACAUGGGUUGCGGGCUUGGGGGGCUGGCUUUCGCAUUUGUCCCCGGCCGAUCUUCCCACUUUGUUUGCAUUUGAGUCAGAAGCUGCCCGGAUGCAAGCAGUGCGGACUCGUGGGGACGCACGCCCUACCAUGGGGGCCCGAGCUGGUACGCGUGAGACCACCACAGUGCUCUUGUGCCUUCACGUUGCAACCUUCAAUGUCCUCUCACUCUUGGAUCCCGCAUCGGCCAAUGCCGCCACGACUGCGGCCUGUGGACAGGGUAUGCGUGUCGUGGCCAAGAGGGAGCUUCUCAAGCGCCAGUUUCAGUCAGCUGACCUACUCUUGGCAGGCCUACAGGAGACCAGGCUCCGUGACGAGGCUACGCUUCCCGACGGAGAUUUUAUCAUGCUGUGUGCCCCUGCCGAUGAACGUGGACAUUUCGGGGUUUCGUUAUGGGCCAGCAAACAUGUCCCGUACGCCUCCCAGGGUGCACAGAAACUCCGCCUGCAGCCCCGACAUUUCACUGUCACUGCGUGUGAGCCCCGUAUGCUGGUGGUACAGGUAUGUGCGCCAUACCUUUCUCUUACCAUUGUCGUGGCGCACGCCCCCUCAGAACCUCCUGCUGCUGCAGGGUCGGCCGAGCGCUUCUGGAAACGUUGCAGUCGCUUUGUCCAGCGGCGCCCUCGGCACUCCGAGAUCCUUGUCCUCUGUGACGCCAAUGCCCGGGUCGGUGAGCACACGUCCGAUGCCAUCGGUGGUCUUGACCCUGAGACGGAAAAUCCCUCUGGACAGGCAUGGCACUCCUUCCUGGCCCGUGAGCAGCUAUGGGUCCCGGCCACUUUUACUGCGUGCCACGCCGGGCCUAGCUGCACUUGGUGGGCCCCUGGAGGCCAGGGCCAUCGUCUGGACUAUGUUGCGGUACCAGCCAGCUGGCCGACUGGUUCGAUACGGUCCAAAGUCUGGCAGGAUUUUGAAGUCAUGCAGCUUCGUGAUGACCACGCUCCCGCCACUCUUUCUGCUUCCUUCUCGCGUGGCCCCAAGGGCGAGGGGAACCUGCAGUUUACACGACAGGCCAUUCGACCUCAUCCCCACUCUGCCUCCCCCGGCUAUGCAGCUGACUUGGUAAGCCUUACCCGUCUCCCUGCUGCUGCGUGGGGUGCCGAUGUUGACACCCACUUUGCGAAUGUUGCCAAGGCCUGGGGGACCCUCGGCGCGGCACUGUGUCCUCCUGCCCCGGCCCGUGCGUGUCAGACCUACUUGUCAGUCGGCACUUUGCAAUUGGUAGCCUGGCGAAGAGAUUGGCGCCGCCAUUUGCGGGCUGUGAGGGACCGUUGCGCGGACCGACGUCGUGCUCUGUGUUUCGUUGUUUGGCAGCUCUCUUGUUCUCGGGUGCACCUGCUCCCCUCUCAGUCCGAUGGUUUGCUGCAAUGGUCCCGUCAGUACUUACCGUGGCUGGGACGGGCUGCCAUGAUGGUGUUCCGGACAAGCAAGCUCCUGCGUAGGGCGUCCAAGUCGGAUCGCGUCGUAUACCUUGACGGCCUGGUCCGUGCUGUCUCCCUAGCUGACUUGAAGGACCCGAAACAGCUUUUUCGCCGGGUUAGGGCGGCUUUCCCACAGGCUCGGGCAUCCAGGCGUCCUUCCUUUGUCCCUUUGCCUGCUGUCUUGGAUGCAGACGGACAGCUUGCGACCAGCCCCGAGGCCCGACUUGAAUGCUGGCGUCGGCAUUUUGCCGCCCAAGAGGCUGGUGAGCUGCGUGCCCCUGAUGACUACCCAGGUCUCCUGCGUGACCAAAAGGCCCAGGCACCCGUUUGUGCGCCGGUCUUUGACCUUGCUUGUGUGCCGACUCUUACCGCGGUCGAACAGACCCUUGCAGGCCUUCCGUACGGAAAGGCGUCAGGCUAUGACGGCAUGACGGGCGAACUCCUGCGCCUGGAUGUCCCGGCUUCUGCGCGUGUGUUGGUGCCCAUGUUUGCCAAAGCUUCGAUGGGCCUGUAUGAGCCCGUCGAAUGGCGCGGUGGCGCCCUAGUGCCAUUAGCGAAGCGUGCGGCCGCCGCAUUGUCUUGUGACCGCUUCAGAAGCAUACUGGUCUCCAGCAUUCCUGGCAAGGUGUAUCACCGUCAGCUCCGUACGCUCCUGAUGCCGGCACUGGAGUCGGUCCGUGGGGAUACUCAAGCCGGGGCUGUGCCUGGGAUCUCCACUGAGUCUAUAGCCAUGGUAGCCAGGGGCUUUAGAGAUGUUAUGGUGGCACGCCAACGAGCAUGGGCUUUGGUGUUUUUCGAUGUACGCGCAGCGUACUACCGCGUCAUCAGGCAACUGUUGGCCCAGGUAGGUGACACCGAAACAGCACUACGCCGCCUCUUCCACGAGAUGGGGGUGCCCCCGUCGGCCCUUGGCGAGUUGCGAGAUGGUCUUGAACGCCUCGGUGCCCUGUCGUCGGCCGGAGCUUCGGACCAUCUUUGCGCAGUCCUGUCGGACGCGAUGGAGGGUACAUGGUUUCGGCUAGACUUCGGUUCCACCCUUACGGUCACACAUCGAGGGGUGCGGCCAGGCGAUUGCCUGGCCGACGUGCUGUUUGGCUUCACCCUGAGUGCCUAUCUUACUGCCACCGAAAGGGCUCUCGAGUCGGCCGGACUCUCUGAGCCUAUGCCCACUUCCGCUGGGCCUUCCCUUUGGCCGGAUGCCGUGGCCCCCCCCCGCCUUGAGUGCGGGUCAUGGGCGGACGACUUCGUCCGGAUGACCAGCCAGUUGUGCCGCCGGACUCUAUCCAUGAGGGUUACCAAGGUUGUCUCUGUCUUCGUUGCACAAGCCGAGGCUCUUGGGAUCGAGCUCACCUUUGCGGCCGACAAGACAGCUGCAGUGAUGUCGGAUGUGGAGGAGCAGUCCCCUCCGGUGCUGUCUGACCAGGAUGGCCGUUUCCUUGUGGUCACCAGCUCAGCCUCCGGUGUUGAGCACCGACUGCCCAUAGUUGAUGCGUACAAGCACCUCGGAGGUAUUGCCACGGUGUCAGGGACCCCUGUCCCAGAGAUUGGACUUCGCCAUUCUCUUGCGUUGAAUGUGGUGCGCCCACUACGGGCCAGACUUUUCUCUGAGGUGGGCAUCCCUUUCGACACUCGUCGACACCUCCUUAAGUCGUUGGCCAUGUCGCGUUACACCUUUGGCAGUGCUGCUUUGUCCCUUUUGUCUGGUAUCCACAAGCGCUUGUGGGCCAAACACUACGUGGCUCUUUGGCGAAGCCUCUGGCGGCGUCGAAAGGGCGAGUCGUUCCGACACUGCUAUGCCGUUUUGGGUCCUGCCAGAGCUCCUCCACCUCCACUCGCUCUUGCUUUGGCCCGGGCUGUGCUCUUGAGACAGAUCACCAGCCGUGGUCCAUCCACCCUCCUUCAUCUGCUCACUGUACAUUGGCACGAAAGUCCGCGUAAGGCUUGGUUAAGCCAGGUUCACGGAGACAUUGUGCAUGUUGCCCAGUAUGGCCGGGCUGCCGAGACUCUUUUAGGCACGCGUGUUCCAGUCGCCUCCCUUUUGGAAGCCAUCUAUGAUGAUCCAGGAUGGUGGGUCCGUCAGGUCAAGGCGGCCUGUCGUCAGGCACAGGAGGACCUUGAUGCUUGGAAUUCUCAUGUGUGCCACGUCUCCGAGCGAGCCUCGCCCGGUGAGCUGGGGCCUGCUGGGACCCCCGAGGUCCCCUACACAUGCCUUUGGUGUGGGGCUGCCUUCCGACUUCGAAAACACUUGUGUGUCCACCUUGCGCGGACCCACCGGGUUUUCUCCCCCGCAAGACACUUGGCUCAUGGUAGCACCUGCGUCAGUUGCCUUAAGUGUUUUCGCACAGUUGCCCGGCACCAGCAGCACCUGCGGACAACGUCCAGUUGCAUGCUCCGGACUUGCCUCCUCGUUCCGUGUUUGACUGUGGAAGAGAUGCACCUGGAGGAGGGCUCCGUUACCAAGCAGGCGCGUGGCCUCAGGGCCGGGGUGUGGACUUCGUACCAAGCGGCCCUGCCUUCGAUCCAAGCGCACGGCCCCCACGCUCUUCCUGCCAGUGAGCGAUUGGACUUGCUCGGCGAGGAUGCGGACCUCGGCCUCAUGUCACGACUUUUCUAUCCGGAUCCCCACUUCCUCUCCUGGGUCGAGCUUUUCCUGGACAGCCGAUCGACGGAGGGGCCCAGAAGCGGCACAUCCUCUUUUUGGGAUCGUCGUCCGGCCCGACAGCCGCUUAGUUUCACCUGA